CUCGAUGAGGCUUCAAGCGGCGGUUUAGCUCCUUCACUCUCUCAUAUUUCGACUGCUUUCCGAGGCUAUGUCUGGCCCACCGUCUGGGCCUGGAAAGACUGCACCCAAAAUCCACCGAGACUUCCUAGACUUCGAUCCGCUGAAUGCAAGACAAGGCAUCAAUAUCCUGACAGACCAUGCACCGCCUGUAGGAGAGGGUCAACAACCAUCUCAGCAGCCGAGCGCUUGCAGACAUGAUUACACCAUCAAGCAUGAGCAGAGCAUCUCACCCCCGCUUGAUCUUAGACCAGAUGCUGCAUCGAGAUACAAGCUCGGCACCGUAUGCAAGAAGUGCAGACUCCAUGCGGUAGUCAAGAUAGACUAUACUAGAUCUGUCAAUCCAUGUCCGAACUCAGAGUAUCCGCUGCACCACUUCCAACGCCUGCCCGAAUUUGAUGUCAGAGACGAGCACCGUAUAGCGUACGCCUGGCAAUGCUCUGCUCCGCAAUGUCAAGCCCAUCUGGAGAUCGGCUUCGGGAAGCAGCGGUUGUCUCCAGAGGAUCGCGAUCUGCUAAUUAACACCGAGCUGCUGAAGAGGAGGUAUGAGUCCGUACUGCAGCAUGAUCCCGGCAGGGAAGGCAUGCGGCAGGCUACGCCGAUGGAGGCUUUGUCGAGGCUGCGAAAAUACAUCAAAGACUCUCUGAACGCGGAACAUACGAGGCGGAGCUUCCCAGCGAAUAACAAGCGCUUUAUGGAAACUUUUGGUGUGCAUGGCCAGGAUUGCGCGCAGCUGCUACAGCGGCUUGGCUUCAAGUACGCAAGCGACAUACUGGAGUGGUCGUUGCCUGACCCACCGACAAUCGAUGAUCGCAUAGAGGCGGAUGGCAACAGCCUGCGAGAGCUUCUGGAAGAUGUCGAGAUAGAGCUGGUCGCACUGAUGUACAAGCUCGCAGGCGAUACAGGUGCUAUUAACCCUGCAGCUUCUGAAGGAUGGCCUUCUGCAAGUCGGGAUGUGGAACGGGUACUUGCAGCUCAAGGUUACCCGCGUCAUGUGUCGUUGAGACGCACCAACACAGCAAACGAAGAAGCUCCGUUCUUUUCCAGUCUUGGCGCUUUGCCAGACUUCGCCGACAGCCUCGUCGAAUUCGUACAUGACCGACAAAGCAAUUGCGACCCAGAGCAGCAAUCCUACUAUUUCGAAUGCCUGCAAGUCAUUACCGAGAGCAGGAAUAGUGAGCAGCUGCAUGUGAAGGUGGCCAUGCUACAGUCCACCAACCUUGUCAGUCGUCGAGAUCUGUCCUCGGCGUAUCGGACAUUCGGUCUUUCACCCACUGACAACUCAGCCGACGACUACAUCCUCAAUGUCUUCCAAGCGCGCCAGAGCAACGUUAAUGGGGAUGUGGCGGAGGAGAAUCGUCAGGCACUGUACAAGAUCGGUCUGAUGAGGAACAGCCAGCUGCUGAUUAAUGCGUCACGGCAGUCCGUGGAAACGUAUGAAGAUGCGCUGGCAUGGAUCGGUAAUGGUGCGACGAAAGACACGGACGACGAGAUGCUCAUAUCUAUGCUCACGCUGAAGGAAGGUACUGCCGCUGUGCGAGAAAUAGCACAGAAGGCAAUCUCCGUCAUCGCCAAAGAGCGCAGAAGCGACAUGUUGAACAGCUGGCUGCAGACUGGUCGCACAGACGGCUAUACCAUGAGCGUAGACGAAGCGCUACGCUACAUGAACAUCGAGCAGAAGCUCGAAGACAUCGAUCAAUCUGUGAUCGGAGUCGCACUCAAGCUUGCUAGAACGGAACGUCCCGGCGAGCAGACCGAGAAGGCCAUCGCUACCAUUGAGCGAGCAUUGGCCGGUAGAGACGUAGCAAUGACACACGCACCCGCGAGCUGGCCUGUUGGGCUUGUAAGCCACGGCAACACAUGCUACCUGAACAGCUUACUGCAGUAUUACUUCGCUCUCAAGCCGUUGCGCGACAUCGUCCAGGAGUACGACAAGUACAAGCUUGAUUUGGCGACAGAGAAGGGGAAGACUGCGCGUGUCGGUGGCAGGCAGAUCUCUCUGGUGGAGAUAAAGGGAGGGCAGCGCUUUGCCAAGGACCUGCAACAUCUCUUCGACGCGAUGACUACGGAGCCGGGAACUGCAGUCACUCCAGAUCGCGACAUGGUAUGCCGUGCUUUUCUGGAGCCGCAGGCAUACCACAUGCUACUGUCAAGCGCCAUGGACGAGCGUGUAGGUGCUAAUAGGACAGACCAAGAUGUUGCAACUGACUCUGCCUUGGGCCCUGACGCAAUGCUCAACGGCACAGAAUCAGCGCAACAAGCGAACGGUGAAGACUGGGUUAGCCGCCAAGAUUCCGUCGCUAGUAGCGCGACACUGCAGGCGGAUGAGCCCGAAGACGUGCCGAUGCAGCUGGGCACUGAACAGCCGCGACCUUCCAAUACCGAUGUAACCACAGACAAUGCGCCGCAAGAGCCUCGGCAGCCGCCCUCAGCACCACCACUUCCACCACGGCGAUUCUCAACCACUGAGGAUGUGCGUAAGGCGCAGCGGGAGGCCUUGAGCAUUGCCGAAGCCAAGGCACGGGAGCAGCAAGAUGUCACUGAAGUCCACGAUAGCGUGACCUUUCGUCUGCGCUCUGGGAUGAAGCCAGAGGAUGUUGACGACAGUGGCGAACAGCAAGACCGCAUUCGUGCGCUGUACACGAUAGGUUUGACGCAAACCGAACUGCGUAACGACGGCGGUGCAAGUAAGCCAGUACCGCUGUCUGAUUCCGGCAUCCAAGUGAACGUGCCGAAAGAGGAGACUGACAUCUACUCUGCUCUCGAUGAGAUCUUUGAUGCCCAAACGUUCGAAGGCGCAGACCACGAGACGUUCAAGAGCGUGCGCUCUCUGCCACCCAUCCUACAGAUCAGCAUACCUCGGAUCGGAUGGGACAAGGCCCGCGGCACCUACAAGUCAGAAGCCACCGUACGUCUCGAAGACGAGCUGUACCUGGACCGUUACAUUGACUUGAGCCAUGAAGAUGUAUUGCCGAGCAGGAAGCGCUGCUGGGCGUGGCGGAAGCAGCUCCGUGAGCUUCGCAAAGAGCGGCUUGCGCUGAAGCAAUCCGCUGUGGAUAUCGACUUGCAAGGCCCCGAAGCAUUCGGCGAGAGUGUUCGCAUCCUGCAGGACUUCAGUCAGCUCAACAACGACCUCGAAGAGGCCGGCGUCGGCGGUGUGGACAUUGACCCUUCACUAACCGCCGCCCUCAUCGAACUUGCCGGCGAGCGAACGCAACGUCUGCAAAAGCUCGAAGAGCAGAUCUCGCACCUCCAAACAUGCCUACACGGAGAAUUCACAAACUUCAAGGCAAUCAAAUACCGCCUAGCCGCCGUCUUCUUCCACCGCGGCACCCAAGGCUCCGGCCAUUACUGGGUCAACAUCAAAGACUUCGAUUCGAACCUUUGGCGUAACUACAAUGACGACACGGUGCAGCAGGUGCAGCCGAACCAGCUCGAAGGUAUCUACCGUGCAACGAGGUGGGAGCAGGGCACGCCAACGUACGCUGUGUAUGUGCAGGAUGAUGCGAAGGAGCACUUGAUCCAACCCGUUUGCCGGAGUCCGAGAGAACCGCCGCCUGUUGUUGAGAAGCCGACGGAAGCGGUGCAGACUGCGCCGGCUGAUCCGACGCCGGUGCUGGAAGAGAGCGUGGCGGAGUGGGAUAAGCCGAGGGAGGUGCCGCAGGUCCCGUGGUAGAAACACAAGGAUCGGAAGGUUUGCUUUCGCAAUUGAUCAUUGAGCGUACUGAGCGAAUGCAUUACGCUGUUCCGAGGGUUCCUAAGAGUGCAGGGAAGGAUAGUGUACAGUAUGAUCAUACGCUGCUUGAGAUGCUGUCAGAGUAGCUCUGUAUAUUACCAUGAGCGAUUCCUGGCGUGCGACACAUACAACGCGCAUGAACGGCAGCGAUAGCUUUACACGUCAUAGCAGCGAUCACAAGAACCACGCACAUGCCGCUUACGCGUCAAUUCUUAACACUGAUACCCACCAUGCUCAGAACCUCCUCAUAUCCCAACCCCUCCCCCUUCGCCAUUACCUCCCUCCAAACCCCAUCCC